CCGCCAUAUUGACUGUUGUCUUGCCUAGAGAAGAUAGGGAACAUUUGUGGUGCUAGAAGAAUCGAAAGAGUGUCUUAUUAAACCUCUAAACUGGUGCAAACUGGGCCAAAAGGCGCUAAGGAGACUUUUGCGAUGGCAAGGAAGAAAAGCAAACAGCAAGGAGUCGGCCAGAAGGAUGCUUUGUCCGGACAGCAGCAGACCUUAUCGAAGAGCCCUGUCUCUCCCGGCGAUGCAGCUGGCGCUGGUGGCGGUGGAGAUGCAGGAGUGGAUAGACUGGCCAGGGCGAAUCAGUCGGUGCAUACUUGCUGCUUGCUGUGCCACCGAGAGUUCAAGGACUGGGGUGCAAGUUCUGUGAACGGGCUCCCCGCUCCCAAGCUGGCGGACGCCGUGCCUGCGCUGCCUCAAGCUCUCCUCCGGGAGGUCCCAGGCCGUAAGCAAGCGGAUUCGGUGCCUUCUCUGCUAGGCGAAGUGCCACUGUGGAUCUGCCAGAGCUGCAAAAAGAGUGUGGAGGAGGACGAGAGGAGGGCAGUGCAGGAGCAGGCUACUCCGGCGCCCUUGUCGCACUCCUCCACCUGCAAGUCCCAGACGUGUGGCAACGGUUACCCCGAGCAGAGCUCCGCGGAGUGGGACCCCAGCUCCUUCCUGUCGGCGCACAAGCUCUCGGGGCUCUGGAGCUCCGCCCACAGCAACGGCGGCGCGCACUGCGCCCACAGCGCCGCCACACACUCACAAGGUGGAACGGUAGGACCAAGCUGUCACGAGAAGAGGGCGUGUCACGAUGCUCCUGGGAAGGCACCCAAGGUGCCGGGGCCCAAGGUCUGUCCCUACAGUCAUCCGGCAUCCCAGAAUUCCAGUGGGACGUCUCCCGGUUCACCGCUGUCUACCUCCGCAGACCACCACAAGACCACCCCAAAACACUUCAAAACCAUGUGCAGGCGACCAACCCCUCCAGGCGAAGCGUUCCACCCGGCGGACCACCACCAACACUCGGACCUGUCGGUGCCGCCCAACAGCCCCACCGGCCUCUCCUCCUCCCAGCAUUCCUCCCUGCUGCCGCCCAAGCAGACGUCCGGCGGUGGCUGUGGCGGCGGCGGCAACAUCGGUGGUGGCCAGCACAUACACACGGGCACCGCCGGCACCGGCCUAGCGCCCUCCUCGCACGCCCCCUUCUCCCCGCUAGCCCCCGGCAGCCUGCACGCCCCGCCCGCCUCCAAGCACCCCCCACCGGCCGGCUCGGAAAGCCCCGCUGGCGCCCCGCCCCUGCACAAGGCCGGCGCCUGCAAGAACUCCCACAUUCCCACGGUCAACGCGGCGGCGCAGCACGGCAAGCUUGCGGCGCCCAUCAUGGGCUGCAACCACCCGUGCAACGGCCACAACGGGAGCGUACCCCCCACGAACACCGGACACAUACCAGCGGGGGCCUGCAGGGACCAGGCGUGUAAAGGGCACAAGCUGGCGAACGGGACGCUGUGCCACCCCCCGUGUGAACUGGAGGAAGGGGAGGACGAGGACAGCAGCUCUGAGAGGAGCUCCUGCGCCUCCUCCUCCACCAAUCAAAAGGACGGGAAGUACUGUGACUGCUGCUAUUGCGAGUUCUUCGGACACAAUGCGCCUCCCGCCGCGCCGACCAGCCGGAACUACGCAGAGAUCCGGGAGAAGCUGCGCUCGCGACUGACGCGGCGCAAAGAGGAGCUGCCUCAGCGGCAGGACUCGGACCCGGCCGUGCCGGUCAGCAGCGCCAUCGACCACCGGGACGUGGACGAGCUGCUGGACUUCAUCAACAGCACCGAGCCCAAGCCCGUCAACAGCGCCAAGGCCGCCAAGCGCGCACGACACAAGCAGAAGAAAAAAGAGAAGGAGAGGGCUCAGCAGAGCAGCAUGGACGCCUCGUGCGGCCCUGGAGGUCUCCCCUCCUCCUCCUCCCCGACGGGCGACGAUGGCGAGCCCGACGGCGACGACUCCCUCCCGGACGGCGAGGCCAGCCGGCUGCUGGAGUGGCCGCAGCUGGAGCUGGAGCGGGUCAACAGCUUCCUGACCAGCCGGCUGGAGGAGAUCAAGAACACCAUCAAGGACUCCAUCCGCGCCUCCUUCAGCAUGUACGACCUGAACCUGGACGUCAACGACUUCCCCAAGAAGGCGGCCACGCUGGAGGGCAACCACCUGCUGUCGCACCUCAACGGCUCCUCGGACCUGCAGCCCAUCGACCUGGACAUGGCGCCGCUCUCGCUGCGCGACCUCAAGCGGGACCUGGAGCUGGUGAACGGCUGGGAGGACGCGGCUGCCGCAGCAGCUGCCGCCGCAGCCGCUGCGUCCACGACGACGGCGACAGCAACGACAGCCACCGCCACCACAAACACCUCCACCUGCGCCAGCGCGGACGGCGUCCUGUCGAACAACAUCAACAACAACAACACGGCCGCCGCUGCCAAGGACAUCCAGAGGCUGAACUCCACCCCCAGCCUGUCCAAGCUCAUCCGCAUCCGCUCACCGGAGAGGGGCGUGGCGGCGGGCUCCGAGGCCACCCAGCCCGCGGUGGUGCCGCCCGCCAAGCCCAAAGACGCCGAGGCGCCCGACGCCAAGAACGCCACCGGCGCCGGGGCCAAGACGAAGAAAGGCAAGAAGCAGCAACAGCAGCAGCAACCACAGAGGCAGCAGGACCAGCAGCAGGAGAAUGCCCAGGCCAAACCUCCUAAAUCAGGGCAGGAGUCUCAGAAAGGUGGCCCCGAGAGCCGGAUGACGGGGGGAGGAGACGCUGACCGAGCCUUAUCCAAGGGCGGAUCCAAGCAGACCUCGCAAGGCCAGACAGACAACCAGAGGAGCGGGAACAACAACAAGAAGGCAGAGGACGCUAAGGUGUCUAAACAACAACAACAACAGCAGCAGCAUCAGCAGAAUGGCUCUGUGAACUCCAACGGUCCCAGAGGGAAGGGAGACGGCGACACGCACUCCAGUACUCCAGCCAACUCCCAGCAGCAGCCCAAGGCCAAGAAUAAGAAGAACAAGAACAAGCCAGACAAAUCCAACAGUGCAAUUGAUGACGUGUUUCUCCCCAAAGAUGUUGAUCCAACAGAAAUGGAUGAGAUUGAUCGUGAAGUUGAGUACUUCAAGAGGUUCUGCCUUGACUCGGCCAAACAGACACGACAGAAGGUGGCUGUGAACUGGUCCAACUUUAGCCUCAAAAAGAUGCCCUCGAAUGCAGCACAGUAAUAUUGGAUGGAAGUUUUCACCAACCCAAGAACAGAGUAAUCCACCCCUCCCCUCCCCUUCCUCUCCUUUCCCUCCACCCAGCGUGAUGGCACUUGACACAACACAAGACGUAGACCGAGAUUUCAUCAGUACACCCACCAACAACACAUGGACUGUCAUAACUCGGAACUAUCAUUUUCACCUCUCUUUCUCAACCAGAUGAAAUUUUACACACGUUACACCUACACACAAACACAGACGCACACACACACACACACUUGAAACAUGUCCAUAAUCAUCUUUUUAACCUGCUUGUGGUUGAUGUUGUGCGAGCCAUUGUCCUGGUCAUCAGAAACGGCAAAAACGAAGAUGAAAACAAAAAAGACGAUGAAAGGAUAUAUGUCUUAGGUUUCUGGCUCAUUGCUUCGUACAAGUGUCUGCUUCAUGCAAUGUGUGUUAAAAGUUUUUUUCUUACUGCUUUAUCAUUUAAAAAUAAAAAGCAUUUGUUCUUUCAUUUCGUUAUCACAGAAAAUGUGGCACAUCUUAACAGUUCUUUUUUUUUGCUCUUGGAUGUCUAACAGUUAAACUUGUGUGCUCUGAAAGGUACUGUCGAUUGAAAGAAAUCCAUCCAUAAUGACGUUCAUUUUUUCCCCAUGGAAGUCCUACUUUUUUGUUAAGUCACUCCCCGAAUCUUUGGUCUUGACCUGGUUUGGGGAACUGAAACCUGCAUUGCAAAAGACCAUUUUUGACUCAUUUGACCAAACACAACCAUUGAGCAUCUCUCGUGUCCUGUCUGUCGCACAACCCGCUGAUCACAAAGCUAGAAGUCGGCCAUCUUUGUUCGACUGUGCCAUUCAACAAUCUUAUCCGUAAAGACUGAAUGCUGGUCAUUGCAAAAGGGUUGCAGUUUUACUUGACAUUGAAAAGGUAUGGAAGCAUUGUUAG